UCUAAAAUGCCACCCCCACUUUCUCACGCCCCAAACACGUGCACGUUUUCUCACUAAACACGGCCACGGUUCUCGCUUUUUCUUAGGGCUGGUUGCGAGGCAUUCCGUCCCCCGUACUCUCCUAUUUUUCUCGGACUUUCCGCUCCCAAUUGCUCCCUUUGAUUCCAGGUGUAAAAAUAAUUUGAGCACUGUCAAUAUGUCGACCGUAACACUUCCAACAGUUUGUUCAUUUAAAACUCCACCAUCGAGACAAUCCUCUGCCUUUGUUAAGAAUACAAGUUCCUUCAGUUCAGUAAAGAGAACAUCUAAAGCAUUUGGAUUGAAGUCUUCCUCUUUCAGAGUGUCUGCAAUGGCGGUGUACAAAGUGAAACUGAUAGGAGAAAAAGGCGAAGAGUUUGAGUUUGAUGCCCCUGAUGAUGCUUAUAUUCUUGAAUCGGCUGAAACUGCUGGAGCGGAGCCGCCAUACUCAUGCAGAGCUGGUGCCUGUUCUACUUGUGCUGGGAAGUUGGCUUCGGGAUCCGUUGAUCAGUCAGAUGGAUCAUUCCUUGAUGACAAGCAAAUCGAGCAGGGGUAUGUGCUGACCUGUGUCGCAUAUCCUACCUCAGAUUGUGUGAUCCACACCCACAAGGAAAGUGAUCUUUACUGAUUACUAUGGUUAGCAUGAACCCUACCUUGUUGAAUGAAUAAACUUGGUUGUGUUUUCAUAGAAACAACCUGUAAGCAGAUGGUUUUUCUGGUUGUGUUAAGUUAGCUAUAGAGAUCGUUCUGUUUUCUACAUAUUUCUGAUUUGGGUUUGAAACAAUCUGUAGCAUUAAAAGGUAGGAUCCUGUUUGAUGUUCAAAAUUGAACAAAUUGGUGACCUUUAAAAUGAAUGAAAAAUAUGCUAAAGAGCCUAUAUGAAUCUUAUUUUAUAUCAAA